UGGAAGGCAUCAUUAGCCCCUCCUCCCUCUGACGCGGCUGCGCUGUCGCUGCUGGAAAGUUUCUUCACAGUCUUUGCAUAUUGGCCAAGAUGUAUCCAUAAUGUUGCAUACAGCUGAAGACGGACUGCUUCGGAAAUUCAGCUAGAAGCACAGAGGGAUGCGCAGAGCGGACAUGGCCGUUGCAGUCGCUCAGUACCACCGAGCUGCCGUGCUGUGGGUCUGCUUUAGUUUGUACCGAAACUGAAUGGAGUUUUUGUCGUUGGACACAGCACAUUAGCCUGACGUUAGCUAACCACCUCCGAUGAUAAACAUCAGCUCCACCGGGGAGACUGUUUAACAUGAUGCUCACACUUUAACUAGAGGAUAGUUCGCAUAUCUGGGUUGACUUUAUCGGUCGUCACCACCACCAUGGCUGACCAAAACUACUAUUGGACCGUGUUGCCGAGCUACAAAACUAGUUUUGUGACUGGGGCCAUGAUGAAAAGAUCGAAAAGUUCCCGUAACAACAAGAGAAGGAGUUUGGCAGUCGGGACCCCGUCACCCACGCUCUCCCGACCACUUUCACCUCUCCCGCUUGCCACAGCUGGCAGCAGCCCUUCAGAAAGCCCCAGAAAUGUCACUGCCAGCACGUCUGCCAACUUCCAGUUUGCCCGCAGCCAACUUGCCCGCGGUGAGAGAGUGGAUGGGCGAAGGUGGUCUGUGGCGUCAGUUCCCUCAUCUGGAUAUUGCACCAAUGCACCCAGUUCAUCAGUAUCUUCCUCUUCUUCCCAGGAGUUAUUGCACCAAUUGCCCUUCCAGCCUACGCAAGAUGAUCUCCACUUCCUCUUCAAACAUUUCCGGAGCACGGAGAGUGUGGCAGAUGAAGAGGGAGCACACGCCUCACCCCCUGUCAGGCUCCGCUCACGCAGUCUUAGCCCUGGACGGACCUGUGGAACAUUUGACAAUGAGAUUGUCAUGAUGAAUCAUGUCUACAGAGAACGUUUUCCUAAGGCAACAGCCCAGAUGGAGGGUCGGCUCCUGGACAUCAUUGCGGAGUGUUCCGCAGACACUGCUCUUCCACUGGCUGAUGGAGUGCUGGGAUUCAUUCAGCACCAGCUGGUGGAGCUCGCCAGAGAUUGUCUAGACAAGUCACAGAACGGCCUGGUCACCUCCAGGUACUUUGUGGAGCUGCAGGAGAAACUGGAGAAGCUGCUGCAUGAGGCGUACGAGCGUUCAGAGAGUGAGGAGGUGACCAUCAUCACCAAACUGGUCAGGAAGAUUCUCAUCAUCAUCUCCAGGCCUGCCAGACUCCUGGAGUGCCUGGAGUUUGAUCCAGAGGAGUUUUACCAACGUUUGGAAGUUGCAGAGGGGCAAGCCAAGGUGGAUCAGGGCAUCAAGACUGAUAUUCCCAGAUACAUCAUCAGCCAGCUUGGCCUCACCAGGGAUCCCCUAGAAGAAAUGGUCCAUCUGGAGCAGACGAGCCCGAGUCAUAGGUCAUCUAGCAAGGAGUCUGAUGACACAGGAGACACCACACUUAUACAGAGCCGAGCAGCCUGCACCCCUCCUCGAAGGAAACCACUGGAGAGUGACUUUGACACUAUCAAGCUCAUUAGCAAUGGCGCCUAUGGGGCUGUAUUUCUGGUGCGCCACAAGGAAACUCGUCAACGUUUUGCCAUGAAGAAGAUCAACCGGCAGAACCUGAUUUUAAGGAACCAGAUCCAGCAGGUGUUUGUAGAGCGCGACAUCCUCACCUUUGCUGAAAACCCAUUUGUGGUAUCUAUGUUCUGCUCUUUUGAGACACGGAGGCACCUUUGUAUCGUCAUGGAGUAUGUGGAAGGUGGGGAUUGUGCGAACCUAUUGAAGAACAUUGGUCCACUACCUGUGGACAUGGCACGAAUGUAUUUUGCAGAGACUGUCCUAGCCUUAGAGUACCUUCACAACUAUGGCAUUGUUCACAGAGACCUCAAACCUGACAAUUUGUUAAUCACCUCCAUGGGACACAUUAAGCUAACAGACUUUGGGCUGUCAAAGAUCGGCCUAAUGAACAUGACGACCAACUUAUACGAAGGACAUAUUGAGAAAGAUACCAGAGAGUUCAUUGAUAAACAGGUGUGUGGUACUCCGGAGUACAUUGCUCCGGAGGUGAUCCUGAGGCAGGGCUAUGGAAAGCCUGUGGACUGGUGGGCCAUGGGCAUCAUUCUUUAUGAGUUUUUGGUAGGGUGUGUGCCUUUUUUUGGAGACACGCCAGAACAACUCUUUGGUCAGGUGGUUAAUGAUGAGAUCCUGUGGCCAGACGGAGAGGAUGCUCUGCCAGCUGACGCCCAGGACCUUAUCACCAGACUGCUGAGGCAGAGCCCUCUGGAACGCCUGGGAACAGGUGGAACCAGUGAGGUGAAGAUGCAUAUGUUCUUUGUGGGUCUGGACUGGACUGGCCUCCUGAGGCAGAAAGCUGAAUUCGUCCCUCAGCUAGAGACCGAAGAGGACACCAGCUACUUCGACACCCGAUCAGAUCGCUACAGUCACCUGGAGUCAGAUGAAGAUGAUGAAACCAAUGAUGAUGAAUCAUCUCUGGAGCUGCGACAGUUCUCCUCUGUGGCCCAUCGCUUUAGCAAAGUGUACAGCAGCACAGAGCACCUGUCCACCUCCACGCCGUCCAAUCAGAGUCUGUCGUCAUCAGAGCGAAGCCACAGUGAGGAGAAGGAGGAGCGAUGGGAGGGCAGGGGAGUCCUUUCCCCUGGCGACGGACACAAACAUUUGGCUAGUGGAGACAGAAAGGCAGAUGGACACAGGGGGAGCCUGCGUCCUCGUGCUUCGUCCAGUUCCUCCCAGUCAGAACGCAGUGCCAGCCCACUUGUGAUGAACAGCACCCAGAGCCUUGACAUCAUGCCUCGCUUUGCCAUCUCUGCAGAAGAGGAGGAUGGGAUGGUUUCCAAUCUACGGCGCAUUCGUCUCCGAAGCAACAGCACAGGCACCAGGCCGUCCUUCCGGAGAGGGGCUUCCCGGCGCAUCGCCCACCAACUGGAGACACCAGAGAAAUCCAGAUCCCCAUCUGGCAAAGUCCCCAAGUCUGCCUCAGUCUCUGGCCUGUCUCUUAUCAUCACUCCAGACGACACAGCUGGUCCUCCUGCAAGCCCUAAGUCGACCCUGUCUCUGUCGUCCAACCCCUCAUCCCGAGACUCAUCUCCCAGCCGGGACCUGUCUGUCAGCAUCAGCUGCCUCAGGCCUCCUGUGGUCAUCCACAGCUCUGGAAAGAGGUUUGGCUUCGCUCUGCGAGCUAUUAGGGUCUACAUGGGAGACAGUGAUGUCUACACUGUCCAUCACAUGGUCUGGUGUGUUGAGGACGGCAGUCCAGCACAUGAGGCAGGACUGAGUGCUGGUGACCUCAUCACUCACGUCAAUGGGGAGUCUGUACAGGGACUAGUCCACACUGAGGUGGUGGAGCUCCUACUAAAGAGUGGGAGCAGAGUGACCCUCCAGACAACUGCACUGGAGAACACUUCUAUCAAGGUGGGCCCUGCCAGAAGGGCGAGCUACAAGGCCAAGAUGGCCCGGCGCAGCAAAAAGAGCAAGAGGAAGGAGGGACAGGACAGCAGACGACGUAGCAUCUUGAAGAAGCUGUCUAAGCAUACUCCUCCUCCGCCUAUGCAAAGCAGUCGUAGCUUCUCUUCAGGGCUCCAUCAGUCAUCUAGCGACAGUCUCUCUGGUUCUCCCACACAGUCUCUCUCUCCUGGACCUUCCACACCCUGCCGCUCCCCUGCUCCCGACCACUCCGGAGAUUCAAGUUCAUCUCCCUGCUCCAGCUCCCCUAACUCACCUAUACCACAGGCCCGUCCGAGUUCCCUUCAUGUCUUGGGUCGCUACACCAAAGCUGGCCGCUGCAAAUCCACCAGCAGCAUCCCCCCAUCACCACUGGCCUGCAUCCCGCCUCCUCAGCCUCUCUCUCCCCAGUGCACUCCAUCCUGCUUCCCCAGUCACCCAAAGUCCCUGCAGGGUUUCCAUGGCAAGACAUUGUCCCCUCCCACUAUUGCUCGCCAUUCAGUUCGUCCCCGCAGUGCAGAACCACCGCGCUCGCCGCUCCUCAAGAGGGUCCAGUCAGCAGAGAAGCUGUCGGGCGACAAGACGACAGGGGGCUACCAUGGAGAUAGGAAGGCCUACAGCACCCGCCGCCACACCAUGGAGGUGCCUCUGUCUGAGGGGGAGGGGCUGGAGGACAUGGAGAGGGACACCACCACCGGGUUUGUCUGCGUUGGUGAGCACGGCCGUCAAGCCCUGUAUAUCGGAGGGCAGAAAGGCCACCAGGACAUGGUCAGUGGAGGCAGCGAGCAUCACCGUUGUACCACGUCCCCACAGCACCAUGGUGCCAACCACCACUCCAAAGAGGUGGUGGUGAUGAGAAAGCUGGCCCUGUCGGAGCGGAGAGACUCAUUCAAGAAACAAGAGGCUGUGCAGGAAGUGAGUUUUGAUGACAUGGAGGAGAGAGAGGCAACGCCGAGCCCCACGCUUCCUGUCACGCAGCCAAAGGGGUUCAAAGCAUCCUGGAUCAGCUCAGCUCCGUCAGAAUACAGCAUGGAGCUGGAAGGAAGGGGAUCGCAGAGUCCCACACCACAGCAGAAACCCAAGUCUAAAGACAAAGAAAGGCUUUAGUUUUACACUUUGACCUGCUACUGUACUCAACAUUUGAAGGCCUUGCAUGUGUGUCCAGAAAACUGUGACCAAGUCCAAAAUCAUUACAAGCAAGUCUUUGAAGACAGAAGAACAAACUGAAAUCAAUGUUUCUCAGUAAAAUAUGCAUCCUGCAAUAAUGACCGCUAAGCUAUGUUUACUUUCUAGAUUCCCAGAUUUCUCUCUUGGUUUUCAAAACACCUGGAAAUUUUUUUUUUUUUUUGUUUUUAUGAAAAAAAAAAAAAAAUUUAUGGUUGUUGCAAAUGCCUUGGAUGCUUCAGCUGUUAUUUCAGGACUUGUACAAAAGGAAAGCCACGCGACAACUUUUCAUUGUGGUUUUAAGGAAGGUGCAAAAAAUGGAGGAUUAUUUUACCCUAAAUUCAGAUGAAAAUUAUAAAGAAAAAUUAAGGAUUUCCAAAUGGAAAAUUGUUUUCAUUUUCUUUAAAAUUUUGGGUUAAAUAAUCCACCAUAGGAAAGGGGAGGUAACGUCAGUCAGUAUCACACCAUGCUUCAUUUUUACAUACCACAAUUUCUGUCUAGAGCAGGGUGCUGUUUUGUGUUUAAAACAACCUUAGAGUGUUUACCCUGCAACUAUUAAUGUACUGUGGAAUUUGAGAACAUAUUCUGUGCUGCUUCUCAGAUGACAUCUAACCUGCAGACUGUGGUGGUGAAUUCAUUCAUGGAGAUUCAUUGGUCCUGAUCACAGGCUUUGUGUUAAUAGUUUAAAGAACAAAAAAUUAAUGUCAUAAUACUUGGAAGCCUUGCACAGGUGUCAAAGCAUGGCUUAGCCAUAGGAACCAUUUCAAAGAAGUACUGUAAUUGUUCAUAAGAAGCUUCAUGCAUGCAUGGGCUCUACUGUCAUGUGCUGUUUGUGUGCAUCAGUGCUGACAUUCCUCUGAUCAGCAUACAUGUGUGUAGAUAAAGCUUUGUGACUACCUUUGGCAACCAGGCUGUCAUCUCUGUCCUCUAAUACCUUGCUGAAUCAAGCCUCCGUCCAGCUCCUUCAAAACCUAGUUUUAGCUGAAGUGUUCACACAAGUCGUAGUAGUCGUGUAAACGUUAAAGCACAUUUACCUUUCAGGACGAUUUUUAUCUGUGGGUUUCUAAAACUGUACAGUGGAUGCAACAUGCAAAGCUGCUUCCCUUGGCUUUUUUAAUGUGUAUAAUGAAUUCAUGUUUACAUUUUAGUGAAAAUAUGUGUGUGUGGACUUUUGUUAAAUUAUUAUUAUUAAAAAAAAAAAAAAGAAAUGAGGAAGAAUGGCGAAAUUCACCCAGAAUCUCUGAGUGGAUGAAGGAAUGAGUAGAGGUGAUCUCCCUUUGUAUAUUUUGAUAUGGAAACAGUCUUGUUGCAGUACUAAUAACUAUGCUGUUGAUGUAUAUUGUAUAAACGAUGGUGGACCUUAAAACAGCUGUCGGUGUUUUCUGAAAGUGACCUUGUAAGGAUGGAUGGACUCAGAAAUAAUGUGUAAUGUCAUUUUACUGGCACUGUCAACCUCAAAGGAUUGUGUAUGUUUCAUAUACCUGUAUAAUUGCCCCAUGAUUUUGUAACACUUUUUUUAAGUUUGAAGUUGCUAAUCUGAUAUUUAGGCCUUGAAUUCCUGAGCUCCAUCAAGCAACCUAAACUGCUUCCAGUGUUAUUUUAGAUCACUUAGAAGAGAAGUGUGUCCUGUGUUUUUGGUUUAAUGAAGGCAUACACCUUUGUGUUUUGCAGAGUGGAGGGAACUUUAAAUGUGGAGGUUUAGCACAUGCUAAGAUUUGUGGGGUCCCAAAUUAGAAGUUACAUAUUUGUACAUUGUAUUUUGGGUGAAAACGUGUCUGUGGGAUUUAUCUCCAAAUUUCUGAUGCAAUAUGCAUCUUGGUAUGUUUUUAGGAUGUGAUCUUUUUAUUUAGUGGCUACACCAAACUUUCAUAGUGUCUCUUGACCUUAAAUUGUGUCAUGAUGUUAUACCUUUUUUAAAUCAAGAGUUCAACCUGUGGAGAUCUCAGCAGAAGUGAA